AUGUUCUGGAAGCGUUCUGGCAAGGGUUUCGAGACGGAUGCGGCCAUGGCGACGAGAACGCUCAAGGCGGCCCAUACAUUAUCCAAAGGUCGGCUCAGAAACGAUCUUGCACCCUCGGUGCUCGAUUUGGGGUUCUCGAUCAAGUGGUCAAACCUCGAUGCUGGAUCAUCGAUGCUCGGUCAAUCAGGGCUGCCUGGCCUGCGGGGGCAACGGCUGUGGCCUGUGCCAGAAAGGCAAGGACGACACGAUCAAGGGCCUCCUCAGCAACAUGAGGAGGCUGCGGAGGCUACCCCGUCGCAGGCCCCGCGUGCCACCGUGGCCUCUCGCGCGCCGCGAGCCACGACCGCCACUACCGCCUCGCGCAGCACGGUCGUCACCCGCGGGGACCAUGGAGACCUCCCCCUCCGGAGGUAG